CGUCCACCUCGUCCCAAACGCCCCAGAGACGACUCCUGAACCUAGCCGGCCGUAAUCUCUGGCUCAACAACUCACCGGUAGCUCCCCACUCUCGCCGCACCAGUUUAUUCACACCGCCCUCGUGUGGCUUGCCCUCGAAUAAAGGUCGUUCGAGGUACCGCCCAGAGCCGCAUCCUUCGCCUCUUUCACUGUGGACAAUAACUUUCUGCCCGCCUGACUAACUUCCGGAUCUCUUCACCCACUGUACAGCUUCCACGCAUGAUUCCCAUUCUGUCCCACCACUGCCGUGCCUGUUCCUACAACACCCCCGUCCUCUUCUCCGCCUCCGUCUUCUCCCAGAACCACACCUGCAACUACUGCGGAAUCACGUCCAUAGGCCUGUGCCAGCGCGAUUCAAAACCAACAGAAACAGCCGACAUGCAGCAAGACGAGCUGGCCCGGCUUUUCAGCCAGAGCCUCAACUUUUCCAACACGCCACAGCCGGUUCAGCAGCAGCCUGAGCCGCAGUAUGUGGAAGCCGAGCAGAUGCAGCACGAGCAGCCCUCCCAACAACAGCAACAGCAACCCAUAGUAUACUCCUCCAUGCACUACACGCAUUCAUACCACAUCCAGCGCGCCCAAUCCGAGCCCUCAAUGAGCAGCAACAGCAACAGCACAGCGCCGUCGCAACCGCAGCCCCUCUCGCACAACGAGCUCUACGACAUCUUCUCCCGCCACAGCAUCGACAUGACGGCUCUCAUCCCCAGCCAGGUCGCGCUGUUCCAAGCCGCGUCGGACGACCAAAAACUGCGGCUGCUAGAGCUAUGGCGGAUCGCGCCGCCGACAUACGGCGGGCAGCACGAGCUGUCGAGCGCGCUGCACGGGGCGUGGCCGGCCACCAGCCUGCAGCAAGAAGAGCAGAUGGCGCGGGCGCGGUACGAGCGGAUGCAGCGCGCCGCAACCACAGGCGGGUGGCAAGCGCCGGCGCAGCAACAGCAACAACAGCAACAGCGCCUCGCGCUGCAAACCGAUGUAGACGACAUGGCCGACGACGCGACGUCGCUGACGACGGCAUCGUCGCCGACCUCGUCCGCCCUCGCCAGCCCCACGCCCAUGCACGCCGCCCUGCACGCCCACGCCGCAGAGCCGUACAUGCUGUCCGGGUACGAGGCGCUCGCGAAGCGCGACUACGACCGACAGCCUGGCGCGCACGUCUCGCGUGCCACGGACCCCGUGUACGACAUGGAGAACCGGUACGGCGAGUUCUUGGCCAUGAGGGAGUACGGGGGCGCCGGGGGUUGGGCCGCGCAUGGCGGCGACGAGGAGAUGGCUAUGUGAGGGGCUGGGCUGGGCUGCCCUGCUGCUGCGUGGCCAGGGCAAUUUCGCUUUUUUUCUUCUGCUUCUUCUUCCGCGGACCGUUGCUUUUUGGUUAGGGGUUACAGUUUUACUUUUUCUUUAUUUGUUUCGAUUGGGGCUUUGGUAUUGUUUUGGCCGGGCGGGGAUUAGAUGCCACGAAGAAGGCUGGAAUGGAAGACUGCCUUCCUCGGCGGACGGGACGCAUGAUGGACAAAUGACGGGGGCCGGACGGCAUGGAUGGAUUGGAACCUUAUAGGCAUAGCUGGCGCUUGGGCAGGCUUGACAAUGCGUUUGGGAUAAACAAGGCCGCUGCAUACGGGACGUUAAUUGUUUGAGACACUGUACGUAGGCGGGAGACAAGGGCCGUCGGCGCGUACUGUAUGUAUGUACGACGGUCGGUGGGGUAGAUAUUGCUGCAGUUUACAUACCAUACCCCCUUGAGCUAGGGCUAUGAGCACG